AUGGCAGCUGCACACGAGCCCGUUGACCAAGUUCCUGCUGAUGGGGCUGCUUCACCAGAAGCCAAGUCCUCCAAGCAGGAUAUCAAUCCCUGGUCGGUAUCUGGUGAGGUUGGUGAGGAUGGCAAGGUCAAGGCCAUUGACUAUAACAAGCUCAUUUCUGAGUUUGGCACCAACAAGAUUGACGAAGUGCUGCUUCAACGCUGGGAGAAGGUCACUGGAAGUAAGCCCCAUCGAUUUAUGCGCCGUGGCAUCUUCUUCAGCCAUCGCGACUUGAACUUGAUCCUGGACCGUUACGAAAAGAAUGAGCCGUUCUUCCUGUAUACUGGUCGUGGGCCAAGCAGUGACAGCAUGCACAUUGGACACACCCAGGUGUUUGACUUUGUAAAGUGGUUACAAGAGACGCUGGACGUCCCUUUGAUCAUCAUGUUAACGGAUGACGAGAAGUAUCUCUUUUCCGAGAAGCGAACUGUGGAAGAAGUCAUGGGUUACACUAGAACCAAUGCCAUGGACAUCAUUGCUGCUGGAUUUGACCCCAAGAAGACAUUCAUCUUCUCCGACUUUGAAUAUGUCGGAGGCGCAUUCUACAAGAACAUUGUUCGUUUCUCAAAGAGAGUCACAUACAACACUGCCAAGGCUAUUUUUGGCUUUGAUGGCAGCUCCAACAUUGGCAAGAUUCACUUUGCCAGUAUCCAAGGCGCAACAUCCUUCGCCUCCUCUUUCCCCCACAUCUUUGGCAACGACGAAAAGAAGACAAGCUCGAUACCCUGCCUGAUCCCCUGCGCUAUCGACCAGGACCCGUACUUCCGAUUGACGAGAGACGCUGCGCAGGGUCUCAAGUUUGCCAAGCCGGCGUUGAUUCAUAUGCGAUUCCUGGACGCUUUGCAGGGUCCUGGGUCAAAAAUGUCGGCCAGUGAUGACAACUCUGCCAUUUUCCUCAGUGAUACCGCUAAACAAAUCAAGAACAAGAUUAACAAGUAUGCAUUCUCUGGUGGUCGUGAGACCCUCGAGGAGCAUCGCGAAAAGGGCGGAAAUGCCGACGUUGAUGUUGCAUACCAAUACCUUACUUUCUUCAUGGAGGAUGAUGCAGAACUCAAGAGACUCAAGGAGGAAUAUGGCAGCGGCAAGUUGCUCACCGGCGAGCUGAAAGCGAUUUGCAUCGAAUAUCUCCAAAAAUACGUCGCCGUCUUCCAAGACCGACGAUCAAAAGUCACCGACGCCGUUGUGGACGAAUUCAUGUCGGUUCGCCCGCUGGAGUGGAAGGGCAACCCACGAGUUCCUCGCCCAGACCUCGUCGUGCCAGUCACCAAGGCAGCAGACGGUACCAAAUCUGCCGGAGACGCAGCUGGUACCGGUGAGCUGAGCAAGAACGCACAGAAGAAGGUCCUCAAGGAGCAGCAACUAGCAGCCAAGAAGGCCGAGAAGGAAAGGGCCAAGGCAGCUGCAGCGGCAGCGGCAGCGGCGGGAGAAGGCGGAGCAUAA